GAUCUACCUCAAUGCCAGCUGAUAUUACAGUGACAGGAAAUGACCUGAACAUGGCUUGUGAACGAGCUCGAGUCACAAUAGAGGAGACUCCAUCCAGUCCCGCCACUCACAAAUCUAGUCUGAAAAAGAACGUUACAAUGCAGCACACUCCAUCGGAAGUGUUUCAUUACACUGACAGUGGAGGGCAGUCUGACGCCGUCCACCUCGGUAAGAGCAACACAAUCCUCCAGGCUGCCAAGAGAGACUUACAGGGCAUCAUCCAACUGCAGGACCCUGGGCUUCUUGAAAGAAGAGUCACCCUCCAUCAUGUCAAAGCUGGCUCUGUGAUAGCUCGUCAAGGAGACCAGGUUAGAACAACAUUCCCACAGUUGCAGCUUUCUUUCUGGUCUCUGUGAUCCAUGAUCCUCUGAGACUCUCCCUAGCAAGAACGUAGCCACAGGAGGUCUUUCCUUCCUGAAAUUGUCCAACUCCUCUUUGAAAACCAACAUACUUCAUAAAACCACCAGACAGCAUCAUGUAUUUCAGUUACACACUGCUCAUUUGCACUGCACAGUUUUUUGGUUGCAUAGAUUUUCUGUUUUUUGUCUGUGUUGAAAUUUGGUGAUCAGAGUUUUGCUGAAAAUGACAUUUUCCCCUGGGAUAAAUAAAGGACAGGUAUUGUGA